AAAAAAAUCAAGGGUCCGAACAACAGCAGUACAUACCUGUGCCGAGUCAGGAGUAAGACCACGAGGAGGGAAGAAACGUUUCCCUAUCUUCGGAUCGCCGUCCAAAGACCUGACAUAUAGAAAGGGAAAGAUGAGCACGGGUAUCCGACCCGCUAUCGAAACUUUUGACGGUCAUGUCGAACAUACCCAACCUCGACGCCUCUAGCGAGGAGCAACCACUGCUCCAGGACUUCAACGUUGACCGGUCAUACGGAGGAAUUGCCGGAGGAGAAUUGCUAUCUACGGGCAUUCAGCUGCCUAAAGAGGUAGCUUCGGAGUGGGCGCUUGCCGGAAUCGGUCUUUCUCUGCUUGUAGAUUCGAUACCAGUUAUACUGUCUUAUAUCCUCCAGAAUUCGAUACAAACCGUCUCGAUUUUAGUCGUUGGUCGGCUCGGUCCCAAUGAACUCUCUGUGGCCGCAUUUUCGCUCAUGUUCGCCAUGGUGACUGGGUGGUGCGUUGCACUGGGCGGAACCACGGCUCUUGAUACUUUGGGCUCUCAAGCUUUCACUGGUGGAGAUCAACCCUCAGACGUUUCUAUUCAUCUUCAACGAUGCGUUGCACUGCUUUGGCUCUUGUUUGUGCCUGUUGCUGCCUUGUGGUACUUCGUCGAACCUGUGCUGCGUUUACUUGGUCAAGAAGAAUCUCUUAGUUCGGACGUACAGGUUUUUCUCAGAGUUCUAAUUCUGGGUGCUCCCGGUUACAUCGCUUUCGAAAGCUUAAAGAAAUACUUGCAAUGUCAAGGAAUCAUGCGAGCUGCCACGAUGGUACUGCUGGCAGUAUCGCCAUUGAAUCUUGUCCUCAAUGUUUUUCUAGUGCACCAUACUCGUUUAGGCUUGCUAGGAUCGCCCGUCGCGAUCUCAGUUACCUAUUGGGUUGCUUUCUUGCUUCUUUGUGUCUUCACCGCUCUCUCUCCUACUCACCGUCAUAACAAAACAUGGGGUGGAUUCCGGCCAUCCAUCGUCUUCAACCCGAAGAGUUGCCUCAUGUUUCUGCAGUUGGCUAUUCCCGGUAUCUUGAUGGUCGGCACAGAAUGGGCCGCUUUUGAAAUUGUGGCACUAGCUGCCGGCCGGUUAGGCACUCUGUCCCUUGCGGCUCAGUCUGUUAUAAUGACAACUGAUCAAGUUCUUAACACAAUUCCGUUCGGCAUAGGUGUCGCUGCGUCAACGCGAGUUGGCAAUCUUAUUGGCUCCCGUUCAGCGACAGGCGCGAAGUAUGCCAGUCACGCCGCAGCGUCCCUCAGCGUUGUUGUUGGCGCUGUCGUGAUGACGGUCAUGAUGGUUACCAAAGACCAAUUCGGUUACAUUUUCAGUGACGAUAGGGAUGUCGUGCGGCUCGUGAGCAAAGUGAUGCCAUUGGUUGCAUCUUUUCAGAUAGCAGAUGGUCUUGCCGGCUCUUGCGGUGGCGUUUUGCGUGGUCAAGGUCGACAGCAUCUUGGUGCAUUAUUCAAUUUGGUCGCAUAUUAUGUUCUGGCCCUACCCCUCGGAAUUACCCUCGCCUUUCAUCCCCGAACCCACCUUGGCUUGCAGGGCUUAUGGAUAGGCCAAGUAGUCGCGCUAUUUAUUGUCGGGAUAGGUGAAUAUGCCGUCGUAUGGCUCGCUACUGACUGGGAGAAGGAAGUCCAGAAGGGGAUAGACCGAAAUCACGAAGAGUCGAUGAGGAGACGCCAAUCUGGAAGAAUUGAUUGACCUUGUUGGCCUUGGUUCGUGAGGGAAGUAUCUCAUACAAUACGAAGGACAUUAAUGGUUAUUGUCCCAUUUUUUUUUGUAUACCAAGUGAGUACUUCAGACAGGGGUCGUCACUAUAGAUAAGCUUUGACCAGAACGAUAACGUCUGGGAUAUUCAAUUCAAGAGCCCUUCGACUUACACCUCCACUUUCCUUAUCUUGACUUAUCGGUGGAAGCCGUCCGAUAAGUUCACAGUCGUAAGCCAACCCGCGUAGCAGCCCUGGUAAGAACUGUAUCU